AUGUCGAGAGCGUACUGUAUUCCGGGCGGUUUCUUCCUCUUCUGCGCCUUCUUCCUCCUUUUCAUCGUCUCAAUCUCUCUUCCAUAUCUUCAGGCGAUGGAUAUUGCUCGCGUACACUCUAGUGCACAGUCUGUGGCAAGUAACGGUAAUCAGGCAAUUACCCAACUCCGACUCGGCAUAUGGGGUUACUGUAUUGACCAAUCCUCGGGUCGCACAUGUUUCAACACUGGCCAUGGAUACUCGCUCAUCUUCGAGAAUUCUCAGGGUAACGAAAUAACUAUAGGGUCUUCAUGGACCCGCGGUCUCGCUGUUCUUCCCGUUGCUGCCUCCGUGGCCUUUGUCGCCCUUCUUCUUUCUAUUUCUCAGCACAUCACAAUCACCUUGGUGGCUUCUCUAGUGUCGUUCCUCGCAGCCCUGCUUACUCUCAUCGCAUUUGCCAUCAACAUCGCUCUCUAUGCCUAUGUCAAGCAUGAAAUGGGUACGCUAAAUAUUGAUGCGACGACCGUCACCGGACCUGGUUUUUGGCUCACAUUUGUGUCCCUACUACUGCUUCUCCUGGCUGGAUGCACUGUGUGCUUCGGCCGUCGCCGCGAUAGAAUGGCAGGUGCUACUACUGAUUCAUAUCAGCUGGGCAACUCGAAGGGCGGCUUCUUGUCGCGCUUCCGCCGCAACUAG